GUUGACGGUGGUUCAUAGGGCAACAAACAGCAGUGUACGCCGCCGGGAGACAUCAACGGUGGAGUACACCUCCAUUCAGGGAACGGUCUGAGAGAGACCAUUACUGGGGCUUACAUGGAGAGCUGAGACUGAAUAUGACGUUAACGCCCUUAAUGAUGUACAUAUCUCUGCUUUUGCUAUUUAUUUUGUAUGUAUAUAGUGGGUUUUCUGAAGCUGCACCCCGCAUCGGUACCUACGAUGCGUCGUCUAUCUCCGGGAAAGCCGGCUCAGCCUCCGAUACCUGGGAUACCUUCCACACCGACAUGCUUCGUACUUUACCCGAGAGCUGGUUCCCUCUCUGGCCUUCAGCCGGACUCGCACCGUUGCCGGCUAUUGUUUCAGCUGGCCCAUCCACCACCACGGCCACCUCCAAAUCGGCAACCACGGACCCGAAACCCACCACCACCAGCACCCUUCACGCCCCUGAUGCUGGAAUAAUCCCAGACACUAAAGAACAAACAACAGGAUCGUUUUCCAGACGAACCGGCGUGCGCAAGCGGUCCGCAGACUCGCAAGCAUCACUCUUUGCUCCGGAGAAAAUGCUGCAGACCAUGGUGUCCAUGGUUUCCCAGCGCACGGCCAAUGACGCCUGGGCUGCGGAUAAUAUCGGCACAUCUGUUACCUCAAUAGAGAGCAGCCAAGAGAUCCUUUGUAACUGCAGCAGUGGUUUUGAGGGGAUUUUGGAUCCCGACGACUGUGACAAGAGCACGGGGCAGUGUUCAUGUGUGAUGGGCUACACUGGUCUGCAGUGUGAGGACUGUGAGGAGGAGUACUUCACCAAUGGCACCAGUGGCUGCCUGCCCUGUUCCUGCGACUCCUUCGGUGCAGUGCACCCCCUUUGUGACAGCUCAGGGAUAUGCGUGUGCAAAUCAGGAGUGUAUGGACCCAAGUGUGAUGAGUGCCACCCGGGUUUCUUCCACUUCAGCAGCUCUGGCUGUCGGCCCUGCCAGUGUAACAACCACACCAACUACUGCCAUCCGCAGUCUGGAGUGUGUCUGAACUGCGAAGGCAACACCCAGGGAGCCAACUGUGAAGACUGCAAGCCUGGUUUUUACCGCAGCCCCAGAGCUGCACUGACCGAAGCCUGUGUGCCGUGUCCCUGCUCCAACUCCACCUCCUCUGGCACCUGUCACACCGAUCCAAGGGGCUCUCCAGCAUGUGACCAAUGCCUUCCCCGGUACAGCGGACCACACUGUGACGAAUGCAGCGCUGGUUUCUACAAAUCAGCUGGGGUUUGUGUUCCAUGUGACUGCAGUGGGAAUGCAGACCCCCAGGGCCCCGCCCAGCUCUGUCACCCAGACACCGGUCGCUGCCUCCGCUGCAUCAACAGCACCACUGGGCCACAGUGCCAGUUCUGUGCUCCCGGCUUCAUAGGGGAUGCCCGAACACAUAAUUGCACCCGACUGACACCCCGACUUAUUCCCUCACCAGCAGCUACAGCAAAGGCCCCCAUACCCAGUACAUCCUCAUCCACCACAGCAACCACCAGCACCACUUUAACAUCUCCCACAGCAGGAGGGAUCCCAGCCUCCACAUCAAGCAGCAACACCAGCACCAUGCCGAGCACCACCUCCACCACCCAGGCACUGCUGACCAGUCUGAGCAGCCCCACUGACAACACCACAGCAGCCCUGACAGAGGUUACCUGGACCCAGUUCAACAUCAUCAUCCUGGCUGUCAUCAUUCUGGUGGUUUUACUGCUGCUGGGCUUUGUGGGAGGUGUAUACACCUACCGGGAGUACCAGAACCGCAAGCUCAAUGCCCCCUUCUGGACCAUCGAACUAAAAGAGGACAACAUCAGCUUUAGUAGCUACCAUGACAGCAUCCCCAACGCUGAUGUGUCAGGCCUACUGGAAGAUGAGGCUAAUGAGGUAGCUCCCAAUGGCCAGCUGGCACUCACCACGCAGGGAAACUGCUACAAGGCCUAGUGCUUCAUCUGUCCUCAAAGCAGACACCUAGAUUUACAGAUGACACAAAGCUGCUGGAAAGCACCAAAUCCAAAGCUCCUUCAUGUUUGACUGCUUGUCAUUACACUGCUAAUCUGCAGCAUUCACAGCACCUGGCAACCUGACAGAGCGAUCAAAGCAAAGAGACACAUAGUUUCCACUUUUUCAUAUGAUUUUGGGUGGAAUGGGUGCUCAGUGAAACGGGGUCCAAAGAAACCAGUUUGAGUCUUUCCUGCAGAGGGCACUGUUGUGCAGAUUAAUGAAGCCUAAUGAGAGACUGGUGAACUAUGCACCUGUUGGCUGAAACAAUGAUCCUGACACCAGUCAGAGGACUUCCAGGAGCCUAACAUUUCAGAUAGUUUUUAAAUGAACUCGUGACUGUUUAAGUUAUAACUGGAUCACUCGGUACAGUGAUCUCAAUCGGAGACGAUGAUUGUUAUUUAAUGAAUUUGUAUUCUGUUCUUAUUUAUUGGUUAACGUUUCAUCCUUGGGAGAAAUGCUGCACAUGUAUGAUGUGUUUUAUUCAUGGUGUUUUAUCUUAUAUGCUGUCAAAUGGUACUUUGUUUUCAUGUAUAGUUGGUGUGUUUUGGAGAGAGAGAACGAGAGUUGCUGGGCAAGGCAAAGUCUGCUGGCACAAGAAUUUUUGGUGACCUCAUCUUGUGUUUAUAGCUUCCUCUCUUUUGUUAGUGUGCCAGCUCACCUGAACCAUUUAAGAGGAGUGUUUCUUUUUAAAGAAACUGCAACUGCUAUUUACAAACUGCCUCUUUUUGGCACUAUGGUGAUGUAGUGACAUGUGCUCAGAUUGCGUAAAAUGCCAUAAUCUUGUAAUCUUACCUAAACUUUGCUGUCUACCUCAGCAAAAGUUUAACAAACCAUUUGGAAAUGCUUCACAUUCUUGGAGAGGGUGAGUACUGUGACUCAGAUGAUAAGAGAGUUUUAAAAAACUUCCUGUUCUCGCUUACAAUCAAAUUGCAUCAUCUCAGACAGUGGGUUGCUGUAAUAUUUAUGCACUUCCCACCUGAUCCUGGACAGGACCCCAUGUUUUCUGUGUUAAUAAAGCUACCAUUGGUUGGGCGUGCUUCUUUUUGCCAUGGUGAAUGAGUAAAGCUAAUUAUGAAACCAACUCCUCAGGUACUGGCUCUUUCCCUAAUGUGAUCACUGUAAAUAUUAUUAUUGUACAGAUGAAUGUGAAUAGUAGCACUAUUAUUGUACAGGUAGAAUAUUGUGUGUACACUGUCACUCAACAAGCACCCAACCUUUCACUCCCCAGAGUGUGAUGUUGCGGUCAGCCUGCAGCUUUUUGUAUUUUGAUUUCUUAUUCUCAGUGGACUUUGCCAUACAUGCAGCUACAGAACUCAAAUGCACCCAGAAAACAUAACAAGGAAUAAAAAAACAAAACAGUGUAAAUAAUACCUCACAGUCAGUGCCCAACUCUCAAAUAAAAAUGGGUUUAACUGUU